GCUCAACAAAAUCCCACGAUGCUGAGUUCGAUCUCUGUUAACUGAAUUAUGGACUCGUACGCUCCAUUACUGGAGAAACUCCGGCUGCCGCAGCCGUCGCUUCAACGAUUCGCCGUCACUUCAAUAUUCUCCAAGCUGCGAGCUGCUCCGCAGCAUCUCAACUCCGAUUCCGGUCCAGGCAGGGAAGCCAUUUCUCAAUGCCUACUUCACUCAUCUCCCGCCGUCGUCGACCAAUCUGUUCGAGAGCUCUGCCGCUUGGUCAAGGAAUCUUACAUCGACGUCUCUCGCGCUCUGAUGGAGCUUCAAGCUGCUCUCGAGGGAUCAGAAUCGCGGUUCGUUGACGUUUUCGUCAAGGGACUGGGCUUUCUCGUCCAAUUUGGAUUCCAGAAGCACAAUGGGUCGUGGCAGUUUGGCUCGGCGGAAACUCAUCCUUUUGUUAAGGUGUUGUCUUGUCGAGUUGAUGUUCAAGCCCAGCUCUUGCACCAAAUUCCACUGUUUAUGGUACAGAACAAGUCAUUGGGAAUGGAAGCCGUUUGCGAAUUCUUAAGCCCAUUUGUGAAACAUUCAAUACUAAGAACACAGCUUUCAGACUCAUCGUCUUCGUUAUUUGUCCGAAAUUUGAUGUCAUCGAUUAUGUCGGUUUGCUGCUCAUUGCCACAGGAGGCAUUGCCUAUAUUUGAUUUGUUGAUUCAAAGCCUCAAAUAUGUCCCACGCAAGACUCUAGAAGAUUUCUGGAAUUUCAUACAUCUGGUGGAAUCUUUGGUGGAUGCUUGUACUGUGGUCUUAAGACUGUUGGUCACCAGUGGAUCGCAUCUCAUAAUGGAAGCUCAACAACGCAGCCUAGAACUGUUGGAUACAAUUCUCUCCUUGUAUGCAUGUCUGGACAGACAUGUUUGUGGCUUUGAGCGCAUUAUUGAACUAUCAACAUACUUGUUGUCCGUACAAAAGGACCUCAAGAUGCAAUAUGUUUCCAAGCUAUCUUCAGCCUUCCCAUCAUUAUUUACGAUUCUCAUAAAAUCAGAGCUAGAACACGAGCAAUUGUUAAUAUUGAAACUUCUUCUCCCCCUCCUGCAGUGGAAAGCUGAACAUGAAUAUGCUAACAGGGUAACAACACUUUUACCAAGUGAAGAACUUUUAUUCGUCUUUCCUGCCAUCAGUCUCAUGUCAUCUCCUUCAAAAUGUAUUAAAGGAGCAGCAACUGAAUUGCUUUCCAUAUUAGAAAAGCUGUUGGUGACGCUAUUGGUGACAACAAAGGAUGAAGUUGAGAAGGAGAGGGCGUUUCACUUUUCGUUGAUUAGCCCACCCGGGUCUAUUAUUGUUAAGCUUUUAGAAAAGCUAUGGUUCCAGGGCCUUUCUUCACAAUCCAGUGGGUUCUUUUUGGAUUUUGCUCUUUAUGGCCAGAGUAAUAGCAAAGAUGAUAAUGAUUUGCCCAAAAUUUGUUGGACAUCUAAAUUAAGAGAGUACUCAUUAUGGAUUGUUGAUAGACGGAAAUCCCUCCUGCCCCUCACUCAAUUUGAGGAAUUAUUUGUUAGAGAAAUGCCCUUCCUAGUAAGUGCAAUCACUUCCAUUAUGGUGGUGCAUCAUUCAUUGGCGAGUGACGCUGUAGAGUUGCUAGCUGCUCUUGGAACCUUGGAUCCAAAAAUUGGAUUUCAGUUGUUUCUUUUAUUCCUUUUCUACUGCAAUAUAUUUUCAAGAAAAGAAGUCGAUCGCCAGGAUAUGGUGCUUAAACUUUUGGCAUUGCUUCCAUGCCUUGCUUCUCAUAGUGCAAUGGUUCCUUUCAUAGUUGAAGCUAUUUCACCAAUGCUUCGCAAGGAUUCAAGUCCAGUCUUAUAUGCUACAGCAACGCGAUUGCUAUGUCAAAGCUGGGAAAAGAAUGAUCGUGUAUUUGGGAGUCUGCAAAGAGUCUUACUUCCCAAUGGAUUUUCUGACUUUGUUCAUGAGAGAGAGAUUUGUCUCAGUUUGGCUGCUUCAAUUCGAGAUGUUUGCAGAAAAGAUGCAGAUAGAGGAGUAGACCUUAUCUUGUCUGUUUCAGCAUGCAUUGAAAGCCCUGAUCCUAUCAAUCAAGCUCUUGGAUUUCAAGGCCUUGCACAUCUAUGUGAAGCUGAUGUCAUUGAUUUUUACACGGCAUGGGAUGUCAUUGCUGAGUAUCCGCUGGACUAUUCUGCAAAUCCAGUUCUUGCAAAUAGCCUCUGCAAUCUUCUCAGAUGGGGUGCAAUUGAUGCUGAAGUCUAUCCAGAAGCUUCAAAAGACAUAAUAGGAAUUCUUUUCACUGUUGGGAUAUCAACUUGUCCUUGUCAUGAUUUGCAGUGGACGAAGGCUAAGGCUUCUGCUUUUGACGCCUUGUCACAAUAUGAGGUAUCCCUUCUUGAGAGAAGUAUUGUAGAUUUUAAAGAAAGGAGCACGUCAGUCCUUUUUACGGAGACAGAUGUGAACAUCCUCGGUGCGAUAAAAGGUCUUCUGGUCAAGAUUAUAGCUCAUGAGCACAGUAACCGGAGACGACUUGUAAAGGAGAAGAGAGUUGCUGGAAGUAAGAUUGAGAAGCUACUAGACGUCUAUCCUCGUCUUGUUUUUUCUUCAGGGAACAGUACUGUUAGGGAACUGCCUGCUGCUGCACUUCUGUGUCUGUCUUUUUCUUCUAGAAAAGGGAAUGAUCCUGAAAGAAGAACAAAAGAUGAACAUGCCAGUUAUGUGGAUGCGAUGUGUGAAAUUGCUGAAUCUCUUCAACUUUCAAGAAACAUUGUCAUGGCUCUCUUAGCCCUGGAAUCAUGGAAAGCAUUUAUGGAACGCUGGUUAAAGUCUGAAGUUUUUUCCUUUGAUGUUAGAGAUACUGCAGUUAUCUCAGAGAGAACAUGUAAAGCUGCUAAUGCAAUUUUGAAGAGUAUAAUACAUGCUGCUGAAGAAGCUUUGCCAAGAUCUGCUGAAAAUAUGGCGCUAGCUAUUGGUGCACUUUGUAUGGUUUUGCCUCAGGCUGCCCAUGCUGUGAAGUCAACUGCUGCCAAGUUUCUGUUAAAUUGGUUGUUCCAGCAUGAGCAUGAGCAUCGUCAAUGGCCAUCUGCAAUAUCCCUUGGAAUAAUCUCCAGAUGUCUACAUGUCACUGAUCAUAAAUUGAAAUUUCAGAACAUCUCUGGACUUCUAGAGGUUUUAAGCGUUAGCAAAAGCACCCUCGUUAAAGGAGCUUGUGGAGUUGGAUUAGGCUAUUCUAGCCAUAAUCUUCUUUCCGGGGUUGAAAUUGUUGACAAAUCUAGCUUGGUUAAAGACAAGCAGACAACCAGGAUUGAGGAUGUAGAGUUGCUAGGAACAAUAGUUAGGGCUUUGUCUUUGAUGAUAUGUCAGCUCACUGGAUAUGCGAAAGACAUGUUGGAAGAUCUCUUUACAUUGUUCCCAGUGCACUCUUUCGAUAUCAGUGUCGAUGCCCACCUGCUGCAUGAGAAUGGUGAUUUUGAAGAAGAUGUCUGGGGUGUUGCUGGACUAAUUCUAGGUCUGGGUAACACCAUCGUUGCAAUGUACAAAGCUGGGACAUAUAAUGCUGUCCUGGAGACUAAAAGAUUGAUUUCCUCGUGGAUGCCUCACGGAAAUUCGGUACUUCAGUACUCUGAUUCAUUCGAUGACAAUUCUGUUAGAAUUCUCUCUGUUGGAUCCUGUCUUGCACUACCAGCCGUCAUGACUUUUUGUCAUCGAUUCGAGUUGAUGAAUGGCGAUGAACUGGGCCAUCUAAUAAAUGUCUAUAAGGAGACUAUUUCUGAACUGUUAUCUGUUAAAAAAUCUACUACAUCCCAUCAGAAUUUGUUGAUGGCAUCAUGCAUAGGAGCAGGAAACCUCCUUGCCGGCAUUUUAAAUGAGGGGGUUUGUUCUAUUGAAGUUGGAUGUGUCCAAGACUUGCUGGAGUUAUUUAGAAGAUGCUAUUCUAAUCCGUACAGUCCUUUGAUUCAUUUUGGGGGAAUGCUUGGAGUAGUAAAUGCCAUGGGAGUGGGUGUUGGAAGUUUAUUCAAUGUGCAUCCUACAACAUCAUCAGUUCAAAUUGAACAUGACCUAAAGGAAUCUUCUCAUCUUAUGGGUCCGCUACUUUCAAGCCGUGUUUGUGAGCCACUGUUGACAUCAGUGAUGCAAGAGAUGUAUCUUGUUGCACAGAAUUCUGAUGACAAGAAAUUGCAGCAAUAUGCUGCAUGGGCAGUUUCAUUCCUUAGACAUAAUAUUUGGUCAAAAAAAUCUCCAAACCUUCAGAACUUAAAUGAGACAGAUGAAUCUGGUUCAAGAUCUAUACCUCAAAAUUUCCAAGUGGAUGGUGUAGUAAUGCGGCUAUGCAAUUGGCUAAAGCAGCUUAAUCUUUCAGGGACAGGUCCAGCUACAUAUAUUGACACUUUAGUAACCAUACUACGGUGCCUCUCUCAAGCUCCCAGAUUGCCGUCCUUGGACUGGGGAGUAAUCAUCAGGCGCUGCAUGAGGUAUGAGGAUCAAGUUGCUGAGUCGCUGCCACAAAGUUCUGCUCUUAGAAAGGGCAUUCUAAGGGAGGAAUGCUUGAAGUUCUCAUUAGCGCAUGCAAACCAAUUCGACCAACUGCUUAUUUUUCUUGAUGAGCUCUCUGACAUCUCCAGGUUCAGAACACUAGCGCUGAAUCUGCAGUCAUGUUUGCUUAUUCAUCUUGCAGGUCUCAUGAACGUGUUCUCUAAUUCGAGGGUCGAAAAACUUUUCAACGACAUGAAAAACUACUUGUUUUCUUCUUACUCCAACCAACUCCAGUACAAUUAUGAGAAGCAUUUACUAUGCAUCUCGUGCUGGAAGGGCCUCUACCAAUGUCUUGAAGAGGCUUCUCUCAGUUCUUUAGAGUGCAUAUCUCAUAUUGAAAAAUUCAUUGAGGUUCUUUUUAUCAUGUUACCUACAUCGCGCUCCGGUACCGACGCAGAAGUAGAUGAGGUACACUCCACAAAAGAGUGGUCCGAGGCAAUAAGAUGCCUUGGCAAGGCACGGCAGGCGUGGCUGCUGAACUUCCUUCAGGUCUCAUCAGAGGAUCUUGUAUCAAAAGAUGAGAAGUUUUUUGAAGUUAUUAAGAAGAUGAAAGCCAAAGCCAAACUAACCAGGAAUGGCUCUCUCCCACUGAGCGAGCUAGGGAAACUGAAAAUCCUGAUGCUGAACUUGAAAUUGCAAGAUGUGUGGGAUGUACUGGUGGAGGUUGUAGCAGCUCUUCAACUUGCAGAGGGAAAUGUCAAGAGACAAUGGCUGGUUGAUACUGUGGAAAUUAGCUGCGUCUCAGUUCAUCCUUCCACGGCACUGCAUUUUCUUGGUUUACUAUCAGGUAGCUUCUCCAAAUACAUGCCUCUACUGAUUUUGGAGCCUCAUGCCGUGCUGAAGGAUCUACCUGUGACCCUCAAUUCUCUUAUAUCCACAUCUGGCUGGGGUUACAUUGCAGAGCCCAUCGCUUCCCAUCUCCUCGCCUCGACCGAACGGAUUCUAAAUGCGAACAGUAUACAUAGCUCCCAACCUAUUGAUGAAAGCGAAACUGAUACAGCUAUUUCUCUGUUACAUGUGAUGCAUAAUACCUGCGUUUCUUUGAAGGACUUCUUGCCAUUGGAGGAGCAGCUUAGGCUUGCAAACAUGAAUAUCAUCACUCAGCAAAGAGGCUGAUUUUGAAAUUUGAUCACCAAAUUUUGUUGAACAUAUUGCCGAACAGCUCAAAUUUUGGAUGGAAGAUCUUAGAUUUGAAGUUACAAAAGUACAUUAAAUUUA